AUGAGCGUGGCAGCCUGUGCCUGCCUGCUCAGCCUCGCAAGUGCUCUCGAGGCUCCUUCGCUCCCGGCGCCCAGCGUCUGCGAGCACGCGGCGCUCAGCACCGGGGAGACCUGGGCGUGCCGGCCGUGCAACGCGUUCUACGUCAAGUUCCUGACGACUAUGCUGCCUGGGACGUCCCUGCUCGCCCACAUCCUGGUGGACGAGACCGCGGACUCCGGCACCCGCGUCCUCUUCGCCUUCGAGAAGAAGGGCGAGGAACCCGCCCGUGGACUCGCUUACCUCACGCUAACCUAA